CCAAUAAACACACGAAGAACAGAAACCCUUUUGGCCAACUUGUAGUUUAUUUUACUUUUGAUGCUUUGUUUUGGGUUGAUUUAAUGGUUUUGAUGUGCUGUUCAUUAGAAAGUUAGGAAGAUUUUUGCGGCGCUUUGGCUGAUUGCUAACGGAUUUCUGCUGUAUGUGUUCAUUGUUUUCUCUGCCGGACUACAAACAUCAUGUUAGGUUGCUCUGCGUCAGGUUAAGUUAAACCUAGCAAACGUAAAGGACCGAAGAUGACCUCAAAGAAGGUGGUGGAGCUGUUCUACGACGUGGUCUCGCCUUACUCCUGGCUCGGGUUUGAGAUCAUGUGUCGCUACAGAAACGUGUGGGACGUCGAGCUGAAGCUGCGCCCUGCCUUCCUGGGAGGAAUCAUGCAGGGAGCAGGCAACAAGCCCCCUGGUUUAGUGCCCAACAAAUUUGCCUACAUGGUAAAGGAUCUCCACCGCCUGGCCAACUACUUUGAUGUCCCUCUGCACCCACCCGCUGACCCGUUUGAGGUCAUGUUCCAGAAAGGUACCUUGUCUGCGAUGCGAUUUGUGACAGCAGUGCAGCAGAUGGAGAAAGGUGGAGACAAGCAGGUGGAGCAGGUUUCCCGGGAGCUGUGGAGGCGGAUCUGGAGUGAGGACAAAGACAUCACCCAACCUGAAUCCUUCUCUGAGGCAGCAAAGAAAGCAGGACUGACUGACGGUGAAAUUGAGAAAGCUCUGAAGCUGUGCACCUCACAGGAGGUCAAAGAAAAGCUUAAACUCACAACAGAGGAUGCACUGAAUUAUGGGGCGUUUGGUUUCCCCAUGCUGAUUUGUCACAUUGAUGGAAAACCAGAGAUGUUUUUUGGAUCUGACAGGUUUGAGCUCAUGGCCAACUGCAUUGGAGAGAAGUGGUUGGGACCAAAGCCGGAUGUCUCCAAGCUCUGAGACCAGAACUCCUUUCAUUUACUAACAUUGAAAGUUUCAGCACUUAUAAGAUGUGCCUUUUGUAAUUAACCUGUUUAAUUUCAGAAACUCUACAUAAUUUCUCUUUGAUUUAAAUAAUGUCACAUACAAUGUCACUGUAAAUAAUGUGCCUGGACAACCUGCAGCAGUUCACGUUUGCUUUGAAUAAUAAAGGCGUGAAUGGAAAGUGUUUUUGUAGCUUUCACUAAAUUUAGACAGACAAUAAGAUCAGGUUUUAUUUUUAGCUCUGCUGCUGUGGCUCUAUAGUUGAUGCAGCUGUCAAUCAGCUGAUUUGAUCCAGAGAACCCAGAUUAAUAAGCUCUACUGAAUUAAUGACUUUUUGUCAAAAAUAGCACAAAGUUGAUGUUUGUGUUUCUAAUAAAAAUCUUAAAUAAA